AUGACACACCAUCAGGAGCUGUAUCUUGCCAUUGGCAUCUCUGGUGCCAUCCAGCAUCUCGCGGGCAUGAAGGACAGCAAGGUGAUUGCGUGCAUCAACAAGGAUCCCGAGGCGCCCAUCUUCCAGGUCUCGGACUACGGGCUCGAGGCAGACCUCUUCAAGGCCAUUCCUGAGCUGAUGGAGAAGCUUUGA